AUGGAGGAAAUGUCUCGGAAAUCAAUGGAACAACCGGCGAAGUCUCGUAGAAGGGGCGGCCAGGGAUCAAACGACACCCAGGUUACCGAAUCGACGCUUGCCAUGUCCCGAAGCAUUACCGAAGAGCCUGGACGAUUGUCAAUUAACUCACUUCGCGGCUGGAACCCGCAGCCCAGCGACUCUCAGCGCUCGUCAGUGAUUGAUCCCCGAUUUUCAGAAUCAUCUCGGUCAGACCAGAGCUACAGUGACCAAACAUUUACCCGAAGCGUUUCCCCUCGUGAUGGUCAGAGUGCCACUACCGCAAAGCGUUUCCGUAUUCCACGCCUAACCCGAACCCGCAGCCCUCUCUUUCCAUUACCCCCCAAAGUCUCGCACCCGGCUGUAUGUGUGGACAAUGGACCAAAGUUUCCCCCAGUAGAUACUCCACAAUCUGAGAAUUCAGAUGGCUAUGACCAAGUUACAGCACUACCCUCGCCAUCUCGGUCCCCCGUGGGACUCGCUGCUUCCACUGUAUCACCGCUAUUUCGAAAUGAUUCGACAAAUUCCGCUAGCUCAGUUCGAUCCAAUCCCUCUUUUAAGAACCGAGGACGGUCGUCUACCAUGGGAUCGCUAGCCGAGAACCAAGACGACUUGUCCAUACCCCCGUAUUUGGCAUCUUCGGCGCGCACCUCCACUUCGACCAGUGGCCGCAAGAGUUUCGGUGACAUGUUCAAUAUCACGCAGCGUUUGAGGCAAAACUCGUCCCCACCCUUUCCUCGUCACGGUUCGCCCACCAUAGGUGGCGCCUCAACCCCCGUCUUAAGGCAAGAGCUACCACCGAUCCCAAAGCGGGAAGAAAACGACACACCCACGUCAUAUUUGACUCGUUUGGAAGAAGCUUUGCCCCGUGGUAUGAUUGCCUGUGUUCUCGCUCAGUCAGAUGAGGAAUUCUAUAAGAUCUGUCUCCGAAAACAUAUGAGAACUUUCUCGUACUUCGGCGACCCACUGGACAUGGCAAUCCGCAAGCUUUUGAUGGAAGUCGAGCUCCCGAAAGAAACACAGCAGAUUGAUCGUUUCGUGCAAGCAUUUGCUGACCGUUAUCAUGAAUGCAACCCAGGCAUCUUCACAGCUCCUGAUAACGCAUAUUUUAUUGCAUUCUCCCUUUUGAUUCUUCACACCGAUGUCUUCAAUAAGAACAACAAACGCAAGAUGCAGAAGGCGGACUAUGUCAAAAUCAGUCGCAGCGAGGGAAUCUCGGAGGACGUUCUUGAGUGUUUCUAUGAGAAUAUCUCAUACACACCGUUCAUUCGCGUCGAAGACGCCAAUAUGCCUGAUCGUCAUUUGGCGAAACCACGUCGCACUCUAUUCAAAAGCACUAGCUCCGAAAAUUUGGCCCGCAUUGCACGGGAGCCUGUCGAUCCCUAUUCUCUUAUUCUGGAAGGGAAAUUAGAAUCUCUGCGCCCCAGCCUGAAGGAUGUCAUGGACCUGGAAGAUACAUACAAUCAUUUUGGGUCUGCUGGGCCACCGGACAUCGAUGCUCUUCACCAGGACUUCAAAAAGUCUGGAAUCUUGCAAAUCAUCUCUCUGCGUUCUCGCCCUGACGCAUUCAUGCCGGCUAGCUUGGAUAAUCCACAAGACUCGAAUCCCGGCCUGGUAGAUAUUAAAGUCGCCAAGGUCGGCUUGCUUUGGCGGAAAGACCCGAAGAAAAAGAAAGCCCGGUCGCCCUGGCAGGAAUGGGGUGCGAUUCUUACAUUCUCCCAACUUUACUUCUUCCGCAAUGUGAACUGGGUGCGCUCACUCAUGGCCCAGCAUGAUUCUUUUGUCAAGAAUGACCGUCGGGGGACUCUUAUUUUCAGGCCACCCCUUGCUGAAUUUAAGCCGGACAACAUUUUGUCUACUGGUGAAACAGUUGCCCUCCUAGACUCAAGUUACAAAAAGCAUAAACACGCCUUCAUCUUUGUUCGACACAACGCCUUGGAGGAGACAUUCCUUGCUAGCUCUGAACCUGAUAUGAAUGACUGGCUUGCACACCUCAACUAUGCUGCAGCCUUCAGGACCACUGGUGUGCGCACCAAGGGCAUGAUUGCCACGAAUUAUGAGGGACAACGUUACCGCAAGAACCAACGAUUAAAUUCGGUGUCCUCACAAAAGUCCCACCAGUCGACUGAAAUAGAGCCCCCUUCUCCCAGCAUCGAUACCGACAUUGUUGCCGAAUUUGUUGCGGCGCGACGAAAAUUGAUGGGCCACAAGAUUUGGGAGAGAAAUGAAAAACUCGCUGUAUCACAAAAACAACUGGAUGAUCUUUUACAAAAUGCUCGACACUUGCAACUGCUUACUCCUCUACACGCUCGGGCCCGCGAGGGCGUCAUCACGGCUGCAGGCCGCCUGUCUGCCAAGAUCAAAUGGGUGAGACAGGAUAUCUGGCGUAGCAAAUGUUACCGCCAGGUUCUCAUGCGAGACCUGGAAGAAGAUGAAGAGGCAGUUGAAAGCCGGGUCGGAUCGGUUGCUGAACCGACACCAUCGCAAUCAGACGGAGCACGCCUGGCCUCUCUUUCCGGGCCGUCUAUAAUAUCGGAGCCUAUCAUAGAAGGAUCCAGUAGUGUUGUGCAUACCAUAUCUAGCGCCGAUACCGUUGAGCCUAAUAUUGCCCAAACUGAGCCACCCUCGGAGGCUGGACUGCUGGCUAAACCCUUGAAUGUUGAACUGCGUCGUCCCAGCAUCCCAGGAUCUGUCACUUCGGCUGACAUUGCUCGUGUCGGUCGUCGGCGCUCCGCUGUGACCAUUCCCAAACGUGCCAAGUCAUACUCACCCGAUCCUACAACCACUAAACUCGAGCGUGAAUCCUCGGUCCUCAGCCGGUGGGAUGGAGCUAGUCUGGCAUCUCGUACGUCGAAACUGACAUUACCUGUGAGCUUCGACGAUGGCGAGGAGCGUGUCCUAAGGGAAGCUGGUUUACUAGAGCUGCCGGCCUCCCCGUUGACACACAAGGAUGAAGGGAUCGCCCCCGACACACUUCCCGGCAAAAACACCGAGGGCGAGACAAAUGCAAACGAUAAGAGCAAUAGAUCGAGUCGCGUCCGUCGCAGCUUUCAUCGCUCCCUCCGUGACUCGCAUGCUCAUCGAAACUACACUCAUUCGAAGAAGAAACGAGGCUCAAUUUCUAGCAAUGGGCAGGAGGAGGACGAUCAACUUUCCGGCGAGGGAGAUGUCCUUCCUCGGAAAGCCCCUAGUUUCACCGUGCAUGGCAAGAAAGCAUCCAUCGUCACAUUUGGGUCUGAAUGGCAGAACAUGCCCCCGGAAGAGCGACUCAAACUCCGCAAGCCCACCCCCCAUGAAGAGCCACGGGCGUCGGAUCUUGCUAUACUGGACAGCGGCGAGUUGAUCACGACCGACCGCAGUCCGGAACGUCCUCACUCGGCUCGUAGAACGAGCGCCACUACUGGUCUAAGUGUGCGCACCAGCGAUGAUCUGGCAGAGUUCAAGGAUGCGCAUGAAGAGCAGCCGGAAGAGGAUAUCGGGAGCCCAGCUUCCCCAGUGAUCACCUCACCCCCGACGCUAGGUGUAAAUCCUCUAGACACCGCCCAUACUCCUCACUCCCCUUCGUCCACAGUAUACGGCCAUCUUUCCGCACCAAUAAGCAACGGUUCCCCCUCCCCCUCCUCUACGUCUAUCAAUGAGCGAAUCGCCGAUACGCCAUCCAGCGAAAACCUACGCGAGCAGGCCGUGGGCGCUUGA